UAUCAUUUCGUUCCAGAUUCUUCGAGCGUUUGAGAGCAAAUCUUCGUUUGAGAGAGAGAGAGAAAGCAAAUCGAAUUCGGGGGUGUUUGGAUCUGAUUCUCAAAACUGAUUCUGCUCCUUCAGGGAGCAGAAGCAAAAGCUGGAGUGUUUGGGUGAAAUUCCAGAAGCACUUCUGGAGCUCUAAUUUACUCUCAGAAUCAGUUUUUUUAGAAGCUGUGGGGUACCAGCUUCUGAAAACUGAUUCUGAUUCUGCUUCUGCUUUUAAGAAAGAAGCAGAAGCAGAAUCAGUUCCAAACACCCCCUUCAUUUGCUACAUCAGUCAUCUUCUAGCCCGUGUCUCUGAAGCAGGUUUUGCCUUGAAGAUCGUCGAGAUGAUGGGCCGUCCGGUUAGCUUCUCUAUAUGUGUGGAAUAGGUGAAUAUGGUUGUGCCUGCAGAGAUCCUUGAGUUUACGUAUGUCGUGCUAUAGUGUUGAAGGUAUGUGCUAGGAUGAAGACUGAUCGAGGUAAAACAACAAAGAAAACUGCCACUUCUCCACUGAUUAUUUGUUCGCCGGUCUCCACUUCACUAUUUAGCACACUUGAUAGAGUACGGAUAUUGCGAAGGACAUUGUCACUUUCAGCACAUGUGGCGUCUUUCCUCUCCUCCUCCAUGAAUCGCUUCUUCAAGAACCCGGCGACGCUGACCCGGUGGUUGUCCGGUGGGUUCACUCGUCAGCUCUCUGGGAAGCUGGGAGCAGAGUCGCCGGAAACAAUGGUCAAGUGCUCGGCAAAUUAUGCUCCUCUGACGCCCAUAACUUUCCUGGAAAGAGCUGCAAAGGUGUACAGAGAAGGGACUUCGGUCGUGUACGGAAGUCGUGUUAAGUACACAUGGGAGCAGACCUAUCGGAGGUGUCUCAAACUUGCUUCUGCUCUCACCCGAUUGGGCAUUUCUCAGGGAGAUGUGGUUGCCACACUGGCACCUAAUGUACCAGCAAUGCAAGAGCUGCAUUUUGCAGUGCCAAUGGCUGGAGCAGUCCUUUGUACAUUAAACACUCGCCAUGAUUCAUCCAUGGUGUCCACACUUUUGGAACAUUCAGAAGCUAAGGUCCUUUUUGUACACCGUCACCUUCUCCCGAUCGCUCGAGGAGCAGUUGAUCUUCUAACAGACACCAAAACCGAUCCCCCACUUCUUGUUUUGAUAAUGGAGCCUGGAGAAGACACAGUUUCUGAUUCCCGUGUGCCCGAUCAUGACGAGUACGAGGCAGUCUUGGAGAGCGGUGAUCCGGCUUUCGAUAUCCGGUGGCCAAGAAAUGAGUGGGACCCGAUUUGCAUCAACUACACUUCUGGCACGACUUCAAGGCCAAAGGGUGUUGUUUAUAACCAUAGAGGUGCAUACCUGAACACCAUUGGCACCCUGUUUGUUCACGAGAUGAGUUUUAUGCCAACUUAUCUUUGGACGGUCCCCAUGUUCCACUGUAACGGGUGGAACAUGGUUUGGGGCAUGGCGGCUUUGGGCGGCACUAACGUGUGUCUUAAGCGUUUCGGUCCCAAAGACAUAUUUGACAACAUUGCCCUCCACAAGGUCACUCACAUGGGAGCCGCACCGACAGUGUUGAACAUGAUUGUCAAGUCAUCACCAACCGACUGGAAACCGCUCCCUCACGCCGUUAAGGUCAUGAUGGGUGGUUCACCGCCGCCUCCACAACUUCUUUCCAAAAUGGAAGAGAUGGGUUUUGGUUUGAUUCACAUCUAUGGGCUGACCGAGACUUACGGUCCGAGCACAUUUUGCAUGGAGAAGCCCGAGUGGGAUUCUUUGCCCCCUGAAGAAAGACAAAAGAUGAAAGCAAGACAAGGGGUGGCCCACUUUUGUUUGCGAGACGUCGAUGUAAGAGACCCCGCUACUACAGAAAGCGUUCCGGCGGACAGUAAGACUAUGGGAGAAGUCAUGUUUAGAGGGAACACUGUUAUGUGUGGGUAUCUGAAGGACCCAAAAGCCACAGAAGAGGCUUUUAGGGGUGGGUGGUUUAGAAGUGGUGAUUUGGGUGUAAAACAUCCGGACGGGUAUAUAGAAGUUAAAGACAGGUCUAAGGACAUCAUAAUAUCGGGGGGAGAGAACAUAUGCAGCGUGGAAGUGGAGACCGUUUUGUAUGGUCAUCCUGCGGUUCUUGAAGUGGGAGUGGUUGGGAGACCGGACAGGCAUUGGGGAGAGACGGCUUGUGCCUUUGUGAAACUGAAAGAGGGGUUCGAAGCUGAUGGGAAUGAGCUGAUUAGUUUCUGUAGGGAACGGUUGCCUCAUUAUAUGGCCCCCAGGUCGGUUGUGUUUGGAGAUUUGCCCAAGACAUCCACCGGAAAGAUACAAAAGUUUGUGUUGAGGGAGAAAGCCAAGGCAUUGGGCAGUCUUUUCUGAUUCCAAUUGUGAACCACAGUUGGUGAUGCCCACACGCUCUCUUUUCAACAGUUCUUGAUCUACUCGCUAUUUGUUCGUCAUCCCGAUUUGCCAUGUUCCAAAAUGUUUCAUGGUCCUAAUUAAGCUUUUCCCCGUCUAUAAAAAAUUUAAGCAUGGUAUUAGUUAUUUUUAAGACUAGAGAUUAAUUCUGAUUCUCAAA